GAGAGCGAGAGAGAGAGAGAGCGAGAGAGAGAGAGAGCGAGAGAGAUGAACAAGGAAUGUGCCACUAAUAAGAAAGCGGAGCGUCGCUGAAGACGCAAGAGAGGAGGGCAAAAGAGGGAACGGCUAAAGAAAAACGACUAGAAAUGCGCUAAAAAGUAGCGAAGGGGGAGAAAAGGGGCUAUACACAACCGACACGUGAAUGGAAGGAUUAUAAUCCACCGUUGGAGGGAUUUGGACGCUCCCCAUGCGGAGAUUUGAACCAUGCAGGGACUGCUGCUGCUUCUGAGUUUGGCGUUGAGUUUUCACAGAGUGCGGACGGCGCGGUUCUCUCAGGAGCCUGCAGACCAGUCAGUGGUUUUGGGCCAGAGGGUGGUCCUGUCCUGCGUGGUCUUCAACUAUUCGGGCAUUGUGCAGUGGACCAAGGAUGGACUGGCCUUAGGCAUCGGAGAAGACCUCCAGGCCUGGCCGCGGUAUCGAGUGUUGCGGCUGGUGGAUGUUGGGCAGUAUAAUUUGGAGAUCUCAGCUGCCGAGCUGUCAGACGACUCUCUCUACGAGUGCCAGGCCACGGAGGCAGCGCUGCGCUCGCGACGGGCCAAACUCACCGUCCUCAUUCCUCCCGAUGAGCCGGUGAUUGAGGGGGCCCCGGAGAUCCUCCUCACAGCAGGGGUCCCAUACAACAUGAGCUGUGUUUCCCGCGGAGCCAAACCCGCCUCUGUCAUAGAGUGGCAGAAAGACGGCCUGCCUAUAGAGGGGGCCGUCAGCACCACGGAGGUGCUUUCAGACAGGAAACGCGUGACCACUCGCAGUUACCUGCCCAUUUCACCAGUAGAUACAGACACGGGGAAGAACUUCACCUGUGUCGCUACUAACCUGGCCGUGCCGAUGGGCAAACGGGCCACUAUCACCCUCAACGUACACCACCCACCGGUGGUGACGUUAUCCAUUGAGCCUCGCUCCGUACUGGAAGGAGAGAGAGUGACCUUCACCUGCCAAGCCACUGCCAACCCACCUGUUAUGGGUUACAAGUGGGCAAAGGGAGGUGUGGUCAUACAGGGGGCGAGAGAACGUGUUUUUGUCACCAAGGCUGAUCACUCUUUCUUCACUGAGCCUGUGUCCUGCCAAGUGUUCAAUGCCGUGGGCAACACAAACGUCAGCAUACUCGUCGACGUCCACUUCGGCCCUAUCCUGGUCGUAGAGCCUAAACCAGUAACGGUGGAUGUGGACUCGGACGUCACUUUAAAUUGCAAGUGGGCAGGAAAUCCUCCCCUCACACUAACCUGGACAAAAAAGGGUUCAAGCAUGGUUUUGAGUAAUAAUAACCAGCUCUAUCUGAAGUCCGUUAGUCAGGCAGAUGCUGGUCAGUAUGUGUGUAAGGCCAUCGUGCCUAGGAUCGGAGUCGGCGAGACCGAGGUCACACUCACCGUCAACGGUCCACCCAUCAUCUCAAGCGAACCGGUCCAGACUGCAGUUCGAGGGGAGAGAGGGGAAGUCAAGUGUUAUAUUGCCAGCACCCCUCCUCCUGACAAGAUUGUGUGGGCAUGGAAGGAAAAUGUGUGGGAAAAAGAGAAGGGGACCCUAUUAGAACGAUACACAGUAGAACAGAGCAAACCGAGCACAAAGGGCGGUGCAGUGCUGUCCACCCUCACCAUCAACAACGUGAUGGAGUCAGACUUCCAGUCCACAUACAACUGCACUGCCUGGAAUUCAUUCGGACCUGGCACCAUGAUCAUCACACUGAAAGAGACCGGCGUAGAAAUAGUGCCGGUUGGGAUCAUUGCAGGAGUCACCAUCGGCUGUUCGAUUCUGCUUAUCCUGUGUUUACUAGCGUUAGUGAUGUUUUUGUAUCGGCAACGCAAAGGAAGUCGUCGAGGGGUCACGCUGGGCAAGCCAGAUAUCAAGGUAGAGACCAUAAACAAAGAGACCCACAGCCUGGAGGAAGACUCGGGGAGCGUCUCCACUGCCACACGCAUGGUGAAGGCCAUGUACUCCUUUUUACCUUCUGUGACCCUCUCUCCCUCCUCCCAGCCUUUUAAAGAUGACAUUGACCUCAAACAGGAGUUACGCAGUGACACGCUGGACACGCGCCAGGACUAUGAGCUCAAGGACCCGACAAACGGCUACUACAACGUGCGAGCUUCCACCCAUGAUGAGGGACGUCCCGCUUCCCGAUCCAUGCACUACUCAGACUAUCGCACCUCUGGACAGCCAGGGGGCGCUGCAGCCGUUGUGAGUAGUGGCUCAGGAGCUCCUGGAGCUACAGCAGGUCCGGGAACACCGAGCAGCUUGGCUCCGGGGUCACGAGCGGGCUGCUACGACCCUCGCCCUCCCUCUAGACUCUCGCACAACAGCUACGCCCAAUUCAACACGUUCACCCGCGCCGGACAGUCCCAGCAGCCUCCACCCAGUUCUGGCCCACAGACUAGCGACUUCACCACUGAAUGCAGCCUGUUGGACUCUACCGCUCAGCUCGCAUACGAAAAUUAUGGCUACCCGCACUAUCCAACGUUUCGGAUGGGUUUUGGUCCUCCCAGCCUCGCCCCGUUAGAAGGCGGCCCGUCGUAUGAGAUGUAUGGAGUCGGGCCGGGCAUCGGUGCAGGAGGCGGAACCGGAACCCCAGAGACUGGACUUGGGAAGUACGGCAGUUCCACGCGGUUCUCCUACACCUCCCAGCAUUCCGAUUAUUCCCACCGACACACACAGAGGAUGCAGACACACGUGUAAAAGAGAAGCGUCACCUGUACGUAACAUCAGUUACGCUGAUGUUAUGCCGAUAUCGGCCACAUAAGUACACACACUCCCACAGAUACACAGGAUGGAAAUAAUGAAUGCAACGGAGAUAAAUACGGAGGGUGAACAAACAAAGAGAAGCUCAGAAUAAACGGAGGCCGAGCAAUGAGAACGGGAGGCAGGGCAGGAGCGUCUUGGCGUUCAUUUCUCAGCUCCAGGAGCUGAAAGCGAAAGUCACAAUCAAGAAAGACUCUAAGAUCUUUAUACCGUUCACUAAAUCCUGAAUGCUUUUAAUAAGCAUGAUCACAAAGGUACUUCCUGAGAAAUGAAGGAUGCCUCUUAUAGGCUUCUAGUCUGUUUAACAGUGGUCUCUGUCAGAGAUGGUCAUGUGAGAUAGAGUACAUGUAUGGAUUCUCUUCAAUGGCUUCUUCAACUUCAACUCUCCUUAACUUUGGCUCAGUUUAAAGGGCAUUUAAUGACAAAUCGCACAAUAUACAGUGGGGUCCAAAAGCCUGAGACCACCAAAAUUAUUUUUUUUUUUCAAUUUUGACGUAAACCGAAAAAUGUCAGGAUUAAAAAUAAUGUAAACCAGGAAAAGCUAAAUGAAGCCAAAUAUUUAAGUUCUACACAAUUAUAGGUCACUAAUCAAAGGUAAAAUUUGAUCACGAGAAGGGUUUUUUACAAAAGAUUUUCUUGCUUUCAUUUAAGCCCAAGUUGCUCUUUGAAGCUUCCUCAAAUCAUGCUGAAUGACAUGGACCAUCUUUUGAAUAAUCUGGAGAUGUUUUGGACAAAUUGCGGAAUCCUGUAUGAUAGAUUUAAAUAUAGUAAUAAUGUGUUAAAAAUGGUAAAGCAAUGGUUCUCAACCAGGGGACUUCCAAGAGGUGUCAAGAUGACUUAAAAUAAUUUAAAAUAAGAAAAACAAGCAUUAAAGUCUGAUACAGCUACUAAAAAUUGGAAAAACUAACUUUGUUCUUUGAAGAACCAGGGUUCCUGCUGCCUUAAAAACACGCAUAAUGUAUAAGGCAGCCUAAUUCUAGAAUUGGAAAAGUCACAUAAAUUGACAAAAUUCCUUUCGCCUUUUUAUAAAGAAUGUAAUUUUUUUAAAGAUUUUUAAUCUUAAUAUUUAUCCAGUGAUUCGCAAACAACUGAAAAAAUUGCCAAUUUAUUAGAAAAUUAUUAAACUUUAAAAUAUUAGAAAAAAGAAGGCUUCUAGACCCCACUGUACACAGUUACCUACAGUAUGUCACAAAAUAUCCAGAUAUCUUUAUUUUUCCAUUCAUAACUCAAAUUAUGAAGAUCUGCAUUUUACAAAGGAAAUGAAGAGCACACGAUACUCAUACAAUACUCUUGAUGACCAAAGCAACCUAUUCUGAGACUAGAUGAUUCUUUAUUAUUUUGUGUGUAAAUGAGCAUCUACCUGGGUAUCCAGCUUUCUGAGCUACCUCGCUAAACAGGUUACUAGCCUUCCAGUGCAGCUGGAUCCAUUAGCAGAGCAGUUGUAUCUGCGCAGAAAGGUCCAACUCGAUUUAAAAAAGCACUUUUUGGGAAUUGCAAUAAAAUACAUUACCCGUUCAAUUUCAACAUUGUGAUGGAGACAAGUUGAGGAAGCCAUUUAACUGUUUCCAGACAUGGUCAGCGACAGCCAUUUAGUUCUCUAUCCUACAAAUAGUUAAAAACCAUGGAAUAUAUACAUAUAUAUAUAAAUCUAUAUACAUAUUCAUAUACAGGAAUGCCCCACUCUUUUCCAUGGUGCUUUUGUAGUGGGGUCAAUGUUUGCACUGCAUUCCAGUAUUCUAGCUUAGAUUACCCUCAUAAUCGAUAUGUAAUCUCUCAUUUGCACACUAGGCUAGAGCGUUCUCUCUCUAUGUUUCGAAUAUUACCGAAUAUCUUCUUUUUUUGGCAUAUUUCUGUAAGUGAUUCUGGACCAAAGGUUCAACGUUAGAGUAUCAGUCUUUAUUUGGGUGAUAUUCACCUCAACGAACAAAAAAUAUGCAGAUUUGUUUGUUAUCGUUGUUUGCGAAUUUAUUCAGUCGCGAGUUUUUCUUCUUCUUUUUUUUUUGAGGGUUGGGAACAGCAGAGAAGGUCUUAAACUGAUCCAGCCUUAGGUAUCCAAACUCACCCUUACUGAUCUAAGAUCAGGCUGCUAUCACAUUCGUCUUAAAGAUCAAAUUGGAACUAAUUUAAGGUCAAAGGUCUGGAGUGGUUUUUAACGUCUCACGCCCCAGAGGAGACUUUCAAGUGAAGUUUGAGAUCGGAAAGUCUUUCACUCACUUAUUCACACAGACACACACCUGAUAUUUGUGCCAAACGUCUUGAACUAUUUUCCGCCAAUUACGAAAAACUACCUUACGGGGACCAGAGACUUUUUUUUUUGGCUAUGAACGUCUUCAACAGGUUUUGAAGGAUGCCAUUAUCAAAGCGAUGAUGACAAAGGAGAAACAUGAGGAUGAAGACAGUCCUUCUGAACAGUGAGGUACUCGCUCUCUGCGACUAGUUUUCGUCUUCGUCCACAUUUCUAAUGAGCCUUGUAAAUACUUUCCCAUGUGUAAUUCCGACUUCAAGUAUUAUUUUACAUCAUUUAAUGUGAUGCACUCUUUAAAUGCAGUAUUGCUAUGUUUUCAAAUGCGUGAAGAAGGUAGCGAUGGUACUUUCUGACUCGGUAUGGUACAAAUAGGACGAUGGUAGCUUGAUUGAAGUCAGUACGAUACCAAUGAGGAGGAUCCAGAAACAUCUUGAUGACCUGCUUGAGCUGCCAAUCUCUCAUCCUUUAUAUUGAUGGCCUGGGGGAUAAAUUGUGGGACAUAUGUGACCCACUGGACAGUAUUUGCAUCCCCCAUCCCAUCUAAGAACUUGAAGCUCCAUGAAGACGAGACGAAGGAUUUUAUGAAGGAGUUAACAAAUAAAGAGUGGCCUUAGGAAAACAUGACUUUUAUAUUCCCUCACUUUCUAAACCGGCUUAAGGCCAGAGGAGUGCGUGCAGAUGACUGUUUGAGUGUUUUUGUGUGUGCGAUUGAGUGCGAGGAUGUGAAAAUCUUUAUGUAAUCCAUUCAUUUAAUUCUCUCACGUUCCUGCUCCAAUAUUUUCUUCUGCUGGUAGGAGUGUAUCCUGUAUAAUUGUGUCUUAGAAAAUAAACGUUGACCUUACUGUACUGUUCUUGGUAGAUGAAAAAUGUUUGACAGAUGUACAGCCAGGGCCGAAAGUUUUGAGAAUGACACAAAUGUUAAAUUUUCACAAAGUCUGCUGCUAGAGAGUUCUUGGAUCAUUUUGUCAGAUGUCACUGCGGUAUACUGAAGUAUAAUGACAAGACGUGUCAUUUAUUGACAAUUACAAUAAGUUUAUGCAAAGACUGAUUUGGGGAGUUGACCCUUCUUUUAGUCCUCUGUAAUUCGCCCUGGCAUGCUGUCAAUCAACUUCUGGGCCACAUCCUGACUGAUGGCAGCCCAUUCUUGCAUAAUCAAUGCAAUCAAAUGAGUUUGUCAGAAUCUGCGAGUUUUUGUUUGUCCACCCGCCUCUUGAGGACUGACCACAAGUUCUCAAUGGGAGAGUUUCUUGGCCAUGGACCCAAAUUUCAAUGUUUUGUUCCUUGAGCCACUUAGUUAUCACUUUUGCCUCAUGGCAAGGUGCUCCAGGGCUGAGUGCAGUGGAAAUGUUUUUGGGAUUAAGUUAAUUUUCCUGGAAAAGAGGGUUAAUCGCAAUUCAUCUGAUCACUCUUCAUAACAUUCUGGAGUAUAUGCAAAUUGCCAUCAUAAAAACUGAGGCUUUGUAAAAAUGUAUGUUUGUGUCAUUCUCAAAACUUUUGGCCAUGGCUGUCCAACAAAAGUUACUUAUCUUUUUUUUUUUUUUUUUUUACAUUUUAUUUCUCUUUGAUUCUUUUUUUUUCAAUAUUUUUUAAAAAAUGUUACGUAAUUAUUUUUUCACAGUAUAUCAGAAAUAAAAGCACUGUUUUUCUAAGAAUUA